CCCGCAGGGAAGGGGCAUGGCUUCUAAAAGCCCAGCCAGCCCAGGUCACAGCGCUCCCAUUCAGUGGGAGCCAGGAGAGGGCUUGCUCUCCCUCCCCUAGGCCAGGGCUGCUGAUGGGCGGGGCGUCCGGCCAUCUCCCUGUUCCCCAAGCUGCGCUUGAACUUCCUCCUGGAGCCAGCACUUCCCUGCACUCAGCACAACUUUCCAGGCAGAGGACAACCAGGAGAGCUAGUGAGCAUCGUCAGCUGCUCCAUGCACCCCGGACAGGCCCCCCCAAAAUGAGGCUCCCCGGGAAGAUUCUGUGGCUCAUGUUAUGGUCUGUGUGUGUAGCACAAGAUUGUCAAGGGCCUCCUCCGAAAAAACAGACAGAAAUUCUGACAGAAUCCCGGCUUGAACAGAGCUACCCAGAAGGCACGAAGGUCACCUACAAAUGCCGCCCUGGGUACCGGACAUACGGCGUGAUCACCAUGGAAUGCAAGAAAGGGGAAUGGGUGUCCCUCAACCCAUCCAAGAUAUGUCAGAAAAAGCCCUGUGGUCACCCAGGAGACACGCCCUUCGGUUCAUUCGAACUUGCAGAAGGAAAUAAAUUUGAAUACGGUGCCAAGGUAGUUUACACAUGUAAUGAGGGGUAUAAAAUGAUAGGCGACACUAAUUUCAGAUACUGCGAUGCAGACGGAUGGACCAAUGAUGUUCCUCUAUGUGACGUGGUGAAGUGCCUGCCCGUGGAGGAGCCGCAGAACGGGCGGCUCAUCAGCAGCGGCUACGAGCUGAGCCAGGAAUACACUUUCGGCCAAGUGGUCAGGUUUGAGUGCAAAGCGGGCUUCAAGCUGGACGGGCCGGCGGAAAUACAUUGCUCAGGCAGCGGCCUGUGGAGCAGCGAUAAGCCCAACUGUGUGGCCAUCUCCUGCAGCCUCCCGCAGAUCCCAAAUGGCGAGCCCACGUCUCCUAAGGCCUCAUAUCGAGAAAACGAGAGGCUUCAGUACCGGUGCCUCCCGGGUUACAGUUACAGCGGAAGAGCAGAGACCGUCUGCACCCAGUCUGGGUGGACCCCGACUCCGUCCUGCCAAGAAAAAACAUGUGACGUGCCAAGAAUUGCAAACAGUCACUUCAGUGCUGACAGGAGCACAUACAGAGUGGGAGACACAAUCAGAUACUCCUGCAAAAGUGGCUUUUUCCCUCCUCCCCGGGGAAAUACGGCAAAAUGUACAGACACAGGCUGGGAUCCUUCUCCAAGAUGUAGUAGCUGUAAGUUCCCUGCAUAUCCCUUAGGAAACUGUUUCCUGACCAUAUGCUUACCGUUUCCUUACGCUCUCUUCCUUUUAGAAACAUGUUUAAAGUCAAAGGUAAAAAUUGAGAAUGGAUUUAUUGCUGAGCCUGGAUCUACAUAUCUCUUAAAUCAAAGAGUAAAAUAUAAGUGCAAACAAGAUUAUGUAACAGAAGAUGGUCAGACAUCCGGGUCUAUUACAUGUCUCCGGAAUGGAUGGUCAGCUCAACCCAGAUGCAUUAAAAGAGAAUGCAUCGUUCCCGAUAUAGAUCCAAACUUAAUUGCUCAGCCCCAGAAAGAGAAAUAUGUCAUUGGAGACGUGUUGAGAUUCUCCUGCAGAAAUAGACUCCUCACUCUCGUUGGACCAGACUCUCUUCAGUGCUACCACUUUGGAUGGUCCCGUAAUCCUCCAACAUGUAAAGAGGAAGUACAGCCCUGUGAUCAACCUCCUCGACUCCCCAAUGGGAAAGUUGCCAACACACCUAAAGGGGAAUAUGGACACGGUGAGGUGGUGGAGUAUGUGUGCAACCCCAGGUUCCUGAUGAAGGGUGCGAGGAAAAUUCAGUGCGUUGAUGGAGAGUGGACACCCUUGCCCGUGUGUGUUGAGGAGAACAGUACAUGUGGAGACGUACCUGAGCUGGACCACGGCGAGGUUGUGUCCCCAACACGGCCCUCCUAUUACCAUGGAGAGUCAGUAGAGUUCACUUGUGGAGAAGGAUUUACAAUGAUUGGUGACAGCUCAGUUACAUGUAUUAGGGGAACGUGGACCCAACCACCUCAGUGCAUUGCAACAGUUGAACUCAAGAUAUGUAAAUUAUCAAGGGCAACUGCUUAUGAGAUAAACUUGUCAGAUAAGAUUGACUAUGAGCAUAAUCAGACAAUCAGUUACACUUGUGGGAGGAAGUCAGAGCAGAAACGCUCAGUCUGCGUGCACGGAAAGUGGGAGCCCGAGGUGACCUGCACAGGUGAGCUCUUGUUUAGAACAUUUCCAAACGGUGGAUUUCCUUCCUGCCUUGUACAAGGUGUCUCUUUGUGUCUUACAAUGAAUUGUCCUAGCCCACCCAGCUAUGACAACGCCAUCCUCGUGGGCUGGAAGAAGAACUCAUACAAGCCAGGAGAACAAGUGACUUAUCAAUGUCCAGACUAUUACCAAAUGGAUGGAUCCGAUGUUGUACAGUGUAGGGAUGGCAUUUGGAUAGGAACACCCAAAUGCAAAGAUGUCUCCUGUGGCAGCCCUCCCUCCGUGCAAAAUGCCUUUAUAGUAAACCAGAAGGCUAAGUAUCGACAUGGGGACAGAGAACGUUAUGAAUGCAGACACCCUUUGGGCCUCUUCGGGAAAGCAGAAGUGACAUGUCUAAGUGGGAAUUGGACAGACCCACCUGAGUGCAAGGGUGUCGUCGAGGUUACUAUCGUAGAGUGUCACCAGACUCUGCAUUCCGAGUACAAUGUCAUGAAGGAAAAAUGGAAAAGAGAAUGCAUCGUUCCCGAUAUAGAGGAGAACUUAAUUGCUCAGCCCCGGAAAGAGAAAUAUGUCAUUGGAGACGUGUUGGCAUUCUCCUGCAGAAAUAGACUCCUCACUCUCGUUGGACCAGACUCUCUUCAGUGCUACCACUUUGGAUGGUCCCCUAGCCCUCCAACAUGUAAAGAAAGAGAAUGCAUCGUUCCCGAUAUAGAGGAGAACUUAAUUGCUCAGCCCCGGAAAGAGAAAUAUGUCGUUGGAGACGUGUUGACAUUCUCCUGCAGAAAUAGACUCCUCACUCUCGUUGGACCAGACUCUCUUCAGUGCUACCACUUUGGAUGGUCCCCUAGCCCUCCAACAUGUAAAGAUCCCAAACAGUGUUGGAUUUUAUUUCUCAGUUUAAACAUUAUCCUUGUGCUUUACCCUUUAAUCUCUAUUUUUCAUAUAGAAAAAACUCCAUGUCCUCAACCACCUCAUGUAGAACAUGGAAGCAUUAAUUCAUCCAGAUCUUCAGAAGACGAAAGAGAAACAGAGGAACCCAAGCUAUAUGCGCAUGGCACCACAUUAAGUUAUAUUUGUAAGGAUGGUUUCAAAUUAUCCAAAGAAGAUGGGAUAACAUGCCACCAAGGAAAAUGGAGUGCUCCACCACAGUGUGUAGGACUCCCGUGUGGACCACCCCCUGAGGUUUCCAACGCUGUUGUAGUUGGCAGAUUAAACAGUUAUCCGCAUGAGGCAAAAUUUACGUACACCUGUGACAGCGGAUUUCAGCUUCAGGGACCUCCAUAUGUGGAAUGUUCAGGAGGAAAAUGGUCGAGUCCACCAGAAUGCACAAAUGUCUCCUGUGGCAGCCCUCCCUCAGUGCAAAAUGCCUUUAUACCAAACCAGAAGCCUAGGUAUCGUAAUGGGGACACAGCACGUUAUGAAUGCAGACAGCCUUUGGGCCUCUUCGGGAAUCCAGUGGUGACAUGUCUAAGUGGGAAGUGGACAGACCCACCUGAGUGCAAGGAGUCCGCAGGACAAUGUAAGCCCCCUCCUGCUAUUGACAAUGGAGACAUUACCACGUACCCAUUAGCAGUCUACACUCCCGGGUCUUCAGUGGAAUAUCAAUGCCAGGCCUUCUAUGAACUUGAGGGAAACAGGAGAAUAACGUGCCGUGAUGGACAGUGGUCUGAGCCACCCAAAUGCUUAGCAAUGACGUGUCCUAGCCCACCCAGCUAUGACAACGCCAUCCUCGUGGGCCAGCCGAAGAACUCAUACAAGUCAGGAGAACACGUGACUUAUAAAUUUACAGAAAAAUGCAAAAUGGAAGGAUCCAGUGUUGUACAGUGUAUGAAUGGCAGGUGGAUAGGAACACCCACAUGCAAAGAUGGCUCCUGUGGCAGCCCUCCCACAGUGCAAAAUGCAUUCAUACAAAACCGGAUGCCUCGGUAUCGACCUGGUGACACAGUACUGUAUGAAUGCACCAACUCUUUGGGCCUCUUCGGGAAUCCAGUGGUGACCUGCUUAAGUGGGGAGUGGACAGACCCACCUGAGUGCAAGGAGUCCACAGGACUAUGUGGGCCCCCUCCUGCUAUUGACAAUGGAGACAUUACCACGUAUCCAUUAGCAGUCUACACUCCCGGGUCUUCAGUGGAAUAUCAAUGCCAGGCCUUCUAUGAACUUGAGGGAAACAGGAGAAUAACGUGCCGUGAUGGACAGUGGUCUGAGCCACCCAAAUGCUUAGAUGCAUGUGUAAUAUCAGAAGAAAUCAUGAAAGAACAUAACAUACAGUUGAAAUGGUCAUAUGCAAAAAAAAUGUAUUCUGGAACGAAUGAUUAUGUUGAGUUUAUGUGUCGAUCUCCCUAUCGUAGAGUGUCACCAGCAUCUGCAUUCCGAGUACAAUGUCAUGAAGGAAAAAUGGAGUAUCCCACUUGUGCAUAACAUGAGAGCUAUGUGGCCAUUUCCCCAUUAAAAUAUGCGCCUCAUUCAGAAUGUUUUAAUAUUAA